UUCGCUCCAUGCUCCGCCCCGCUCGGUCCGCAGGCGCGGCGCGGCCCGGCCAUGCCGGCCAAGAGGAAGCCGGUGCUGCCGGCCCUCACCAUCACUCCCAGCCCAGUCGAAGGACCCGGACCCGGACUCGGUGGUUCCGCAGAGGCUAACCUGGUGGACCUUCAGAAGAAGCUCGAGGAGCUGGAGCUGGAUGAGCAGCAAAAGAAGCGCUUGGAAGCUUUCCUCACUCAGAAAGCCAAAGUGGGAGAGCUGAAGGAUGAUGACUUUGAGCGGAUCUCUGAGCUGGGGGCUGGCAAUGGUGGUGUGGUCACCAAAGUGCAACACAAACCCUCAGGACUCAUUAUGGCACGGAAGCUGAUUCAUCUAGAAAUCAAACCAGCCAUCAGGAAUCAGAUUAUCCGAGAGCUGCAGGUGCUGCAUGAGUGUAAUUCCCCAUAUAUUGUGGGUUUCUAUGGAGCCUUCUACAGCGAUGGAGAGAUUUCCAUCUGCAUGGAGCACAUGGACGGUGGCUCCCUGGAUCAAGUGUUGAAAGAAGCCAAAAGAAUUCCUGAAGAAAUACUGGGGAAAGUCAGUAUAGCGGUUCUGAGAGGUUUGGCCUAUCUGAGAGAGAAGCACCAAAUCAUGCACAGAGAUGUGAAGCCUUCCAACAUCCUGGUUAACUCUCGAGGAGAGAUUAAGCUGUGUGAUUUUGGGGUCAGUGGUCAGCUCAUUGACUCCAUGGCAAACUCUUUUGUGGGAACUCGGUCCUACAUGUCUCCUGAGCGAUUGCAGGGCACUCAUUACUCAGUCCAGUCCGACAUCUGGAGCAUGGGUCUGUCACUGGUGGAGCUUUCUAUUGGAAGGUACCCAAUACCCCCACCAGACUCCAAGGAACUGGAAGCAAUAUUUGGCCGUCCUGUGGUGGAUGGGGCAGAGGGAGAAUCUCACAGCGUCUCGCCGCGGGCCAGACCCCCAGGCCGCCCCAUCAGUGGCCAUGGAAUGGACAACCGACCUGCAAUGGCCAUUUUUGAACUGCUGGACUAUAUAGUUAAUGAGCCACCUCCCAAGUUGCCAAAUGGAGUUUUCACGCAAGAUUUCCAGGAGUUUGUAAAUAAAUGCUUAAUUAAGAAUCCAGCGGAACGGGCAGAUUUGAAGAUGCUGAUGAAUCACACCUUCAUCAAGCGUUCUGAAGUGGAGGAGGUGGAUUUCGCCGGCUGGCUCUGCAAAACAUUGAGGUUAAACCAGCCCAGCACACCCACCCGUGCUGCUGUGUGAUGGCCGAGCCGACCGCCUGGUGUCAGUACAUCUGCCUCUGUCACCAUUCCCUGUCCUUCAGUACACAACAGAACUGCCCUUCUUCCUUCUCCCCAGCCCCUUCUCACCUCGCAUCCCACCGGCAGAGCACCAUCACUUGGAAAUGUUAAUCAGCUGCCCCCCACCCCAAGCAAAUGUGGGCUUGGUUUCUGUUGUUCUGGGGGGGGGGGGUCCUGGGUCUCUGCUCCAGCUUGGAGCUCUUGACAAUUGGGAAAUGUGCUGCUUAUGUUAAUUUUUUUUUCUUUUUUUUUUCUUUUUUUUUUUUUUUUGGAAACAUGUUCACUUGGGUUUAAAAAAAAAAAGUGUGUGCACUGGUGUAUGUGUGGUGAGAUGGUGGCAAGGGAUGGGCAUAUGGCUGUGGGAACGGGGCUUUGCCUGCUUCUGGGCUCCUCAGCUGGACCAGGAGCAUGGAGUGAAGAAUUCAGUGCUGCCAGAAGGGGAGAAACCUCAGAGGAUGUUCCAACCAUGGCAGGUGCUGUGCCACAAAGCUGUGGCAUUGCUUAGAGCUGAGCUGUGUGCUGAACCAGCUGGCCUGUGGGUAGAGGGAGGCACGUGUGGCUUUACUUCUGUUGUUGUUUCAUUGGGUUUCUUUACAGCCCAUUCUGAUGAAUCGUCUUGAUCUGCUGAGUGCAGGCUGAGCUCCUGGAUCAGAUGGGGAAGGUGUGCAGGGCAGCUGGUGGGCUCUGCUGACCCUCCUGCAGGCAGACCUGGGUGCACAGAGAGCAGGUGCUCCACAUCCUCCCUAUCCAUCCCCUUGCACUGCAGGCAGCAGUUUGCUGUGCCUUGGGCAGAGCAGUCCUAGAAGCCCCUCUGGCCUCCAGCUGUCCCCUCCACCUUCCCAAGCCAAGGCCUGGGGUCUGGCAGUGUGGGUUUGGUGGCAGUUGCCCCCAUGGAGAGGCUGGGCCAGGCCUGGAUCUUGCUUGAGGGAUUGGGGGGGUUCAGUCCUCUUAUGCUGUUCAUAGUUCUCCAAAGGCUGCUUUCCACACUCUUUACCCCAUGCCUGGGUUGCUGCAUGCCCUCCUGCCUCACGAAGGGUGAGGGCUCCCUUGAUGUCAGGGCUGAGCCAUCACCAUGCAUUCACCUCCAUCCCCUCAGGGCUGACUAUGCCUUACAGCCCCAUCUCCUCCUGAGGGGGGUGAGCCUCCUUGCUUGUGGAUUUAUUUGGUUUUCCCUUUGCAAUUUGCCAAGUGACUGAUGGAUGCUUCUCUGGUGGGGCAGGCCUGGUAUUUGCUCUUCAGGAAGUGUGUUGCCUUGUUAACCCCCAUCACAGCCCCUUCCCCACUGCUGGGGCAGGGGGCUGGCACCAAAAUGCACCAGGCAGUUGCUGUUGUUUUUUGCCCCUUAGGUGCAAAGUGGGGAGAUGGACAAUUCAUGAAGCGUUAGGGUUGUUUGUGGCUUGUUUCACUUUGGUGUUGGGUUUUGGAAGGGAAAAUCAUAUUAAACGUUUUGUUGGGUUGUUUCUUUUUAAAAACCUCAAUAUUUUCAUCAUGGAGAAAUAAUAAUAAAUGGCACUUUACAUUUACA